CGCUUCUGCUAUCUGUAAAAAACCUUUGGAAAAUGGCCGCCGUAAGAGUGAUGAACGAAACGGGAGGCGAAGUGGAAAGACUAUAGAUCCAGAAGCAAACAGCUAAUUGACAAGUAUUUAUUACGUAUAUACAGUGUGAGGUGUUUUGUUUGUGUAUCCCCAGCACUUCGCUUAAAUUCUAUUAGGCUUCUAAAAAAACCAGAAUCAUCAGUUCCUGUUUUGAUGUGACAUGUGAGUCAAGCAAAUCUUGCCAUCUUGCUUUUGUAGCUCCAUCAGGAUUCCAUGGUAGCUGUGAUGUUAGGGCUCAGGGAAGAAAAGUCAGAGGAUCAAGAUCUCCAUGGACUUAAAGAUAAACCACUAACAUCCAAAAAGGCGAAAGAUAAAAAAGAAGAGAAAGAGGAAAAGGAAAAACAUGAGUCUCCACAUACUUCUCCUCAUCAGUCUGUGGAACCAUUGGAAAGAGGGAAAGCAGAAACUUCAGAUAUGGGCAGUUCACCUCCUACUGUUUCUGAAGUUUCUGUCUGUCCCAAACAGAGGCGUUCUAUCAUAAGAGACAGAGGACCCAUGUAUGAAGAUCCUACCUUACCUGAAGGCUGGACCCGGAAACUUAAACAAAGGAAAUCAGGUCGUUCAGCUGGGAAGUAUGAUGUAUAUUUGAUCAAUCCCCAGGGAAAAGCCUUUCGAUCCAAGGUGGAAUUGAUUGCUUAUUUUGAAAAGAUAGGCGACACAUCUUUGGACCCAAAUGAUUUUGAUUUUACAGUAACUGGCAGAGGAAGCCCUUCUAGGAGAGAACAAAAGUCAGCCAAGAAGCCCCAAACUGCCAAGACUUUAGGAACAGAGAGAAGGAGAGGAAGGCCCAAAGGAAGCAGUGCAGGGAAACCUAAGGCAGAUGAUUCAGAGAGUGUUCAUAUCAAAAGAGUAAUUGGAAGAAGCUCUGGGAAGCUUGUGGUCAAGAUGCCUUUUCAACCUUCAUCUGGAGGGAAGAUAGAAGCUUGUGGGGCUACCACAUCUGGCCAAGUCAUGGUAAUUAAACGUCCUGGCAGGAAGCGAAAAAUUGAGACAAAUCCCCAAGGCAUUCCCAAGAAGAGAGGCCGUAAACCAGGAAGUGGGGUAGCAAUGACUUCUGCUGAACCCAAGAAGAAAAUAAUCAAAGAGUCUUCCAUCUGCUCAGUGCAAGAAACUGUGUUGCCCAUCAAAAAACGGAAGACCCGUGAAACAGUUAGCAUUGAAGUAAAGGAAAUGAUGAGUCCUUUGCUGUUGUCAACCAUUGGAGAAAAGAGUGGUAAAGGUCUAAAGGCUGGAAAAAGUCCUGUUUGUAAAAGUAUACCCAAACAGCAGAGCAUUAGUAGCAUCUCUCUGAAAAAAGAACCCCAUUCCCAUUCCUUAGGAUCACCCCAGGCCACCUCAGCUUCACCCCUACCAUCAUUUUAUCCUAAGGGUUCAGAGGCCAACAGAAGCUCUUCUGAGUCCAAAGACUUAAGCAACAAAGGUGAGAAAAUACAAAGAGGAGAACAGUCUGAAAGUGACAGCUAUAUAAAAGAGACCAUUAAAAUUCAGCCUGCCACUGUACCAACAGAGAAGUUUAAACACAGAGAAGAAGAUCGAAAAGACAGUGUUCCGUCCUCUGUGCCAAGAUCAAAUAAAGAGGAUCCUGUGGACAGCCGAAUGUCUGUGACAGAGAGAGUUAGUUGACUCUAAAUGAUAUAGAUUUGAAAACAAGAAUAAAGGCAGCUGUUGUUUCAUCUUAUGGGUAAGGCUCUGACAAAGCUUCCCAAAUUAAUUGAAAUAAAAAGUUUGUAGUUCUGUUUUCUUAUCACAUUAAGAAUUUUAUGAUUUCUGGGUAA